AUGUAAUAGAUUUAUUUUAUUGUUUUGUCUUACUUUAUUUAAUUGCAGUGCAUUUGUACGAGGACUAAUGUUGUUGAUACAUAAGUCAUUGAUUUCUCUAAUUGCACGGACAUGUCGUAUUUGACAGAAACAUGAUUGUCCAUCAUAUAUAUGGCCUUUUUACAAUACAAUAUAAACAUAUAACUGUCCAGAUAGGUGAAAAUUUAUCUGUUAGUCAGAAACAUCUCAUACUUAUACUGGUGUUUAACUGUUUAUAUACGGUCGUUUGAAUCAAUCAUUUCUAGUCUCUUAUUGUUUUACUUUGUAUACGGAUGACAUGAAUAUAUCUAUAUCUUACUUGGAAUAAGAUAAAAACAAUUUCAUAUAUGAUUUAUAACUCUAACGUGGAUUACAUAACAUAUUUUUGCUGAUACUUGAAGCACAAUCAAUUUUAGACAAAUCGUUUUUGUACAAUAAUUACUGUGCGCAAAAAGUAAGAAUGAAAAUAAUAGGAAAAACAUUUUUAAGUUUCUGUAUUUACGGUCUUGUUGUGAUAUCACCAGUGACGUCAUUUAGUCACGGUGCGCCAGAUUUCUCGUGCAAGGAUCCUUCCACGUUUCAUACACGAAGAAUAAAUGGAACACAUGAAGGGAUUAUCAUGCCAGAAGAUAUGCUGACAAACUCAUACUCUGCCGACACGGAUGUUACAAGAUACAGACCGGGGCAAAGGGUAAUAGUAAAACUUCAAACAAACGAUCCUUCAAAACCAUUCCGUGGAUUUUUUGUACAGGCAGUACAGGCAGGGAUACAUUUGAGAGAUUUGCGGCGACGACCAUUUGGCAGUUUUGAGAAUUCAACCGCCGACGAGCGGCCGUCUGUUUGUCAAUCAUUUGGAACAACAGAAACAACGGGGAUCACACAUUCGAACAAUAAGGAAAAGCAGGUUGUUUCAGUAACAUGGGUCGCACCAGUAGAAUAUAAUCCCGGAGAAAUUCAAUUCCUAGCAACUGUUGUGUUAGACUACGCGACAUACUGGACAGAUAUACGGUCCCAAAGACUGAUACCAGAGGGCUAUGAGGCACAAUCAGAAAACGGUUUCAGUGGAAGAUAUACGCCUACUGCCGCGUGGUUCAGAUGGUUACAAUAUAUCCGCCAAUUACAGCUUCUGAAACAGAACCUUGGUAUACCAAUUAAAACGUCGCAAGAUACAAAAGGGGCGGGCCAUGAUCAUAUGGGGGCGGACCAUGAUCAUCAUCAUCAUCACCACCACCAUCACCACGAUCACACUCAUGCACAUCCUGUAACUGAAAAGAAAGAUAAUGUGACCGAAAAAGUAACGAAAAUUGAAACUUCAACUAAAAAACAAAAAGUUUAAUAUUCUGCAUCCAAUAUGAACUGGUGAGAGUCCGACAUUUUGUCAUACAGGACUGGUGAGCAUUUGAUAGAUAUAAAAGACAAAAUUGGAAAUAUGCUUUACUCAAAGUGAAAUCUUAAAAAACAGUUAAUGAGUUUUAGAAUAUACGUAUUCAUUAUCCAUAUAUAAUACUAUAAUAUGUACUCAACAAGUUGGAUGAAAAACGUACAUAAAUUUGUACCACGUUUCUUAAAAGCAACUUCUACACAUUUGGACAUAUACAUGUAGAAUGCGUUAUUGGUGCAUUAAACGGCUUUUUGUAUACUGUUUGUACUUCACAAAACACUUAUAAUUCUCACAGAAAUUAACAUGAAUAUUAAGGGGUGGUGCAUACCUAAUCUUGAAAAUAUUAACUGAGUAAGGCAGUAAAUUUAAAUAUCUAAGUAUUUUUACUUUUAUUUUGGAAAUGAUGAUAUG